AUAACUCAUUCAUUCUCACAACCCCACCAACACAACCACACACUUUCAUAGUUUCAUUCAACAGUCUCAGUAAAAAAAUUAAACAAAUAAACAAGAAAAAAAAAAAAAACACUUCUUUUAGUUUUUCUCUCUUUUUUUUUUAAAAAGAAAAAAAGAGAAAACAGAGGAAACAGAGGAAAAAAGAAAAACAGAGUGUUUUCCAUGGUGAGUGAAGAGAGGAUACGAGGAGAGGAAUCAAAGGUGGCAGCUUUGGAGAGCAGCGGAAGAAUGAGCGGAGCCCCUGUCGGAGCACGGCAGCGGCGGAGGAAGGAGGCGGUGGAGCUGUGUCUGAGGUUGAUGUGCAUGGCUUCUUCCAUUGUUGCAGUGUCUCUCAUGGUUACUGCAAAACAAGCUACCAAUGUCUCCAUCUAUGGCUUCAGCUUCCCCAUUAAUUCAAAGUGGUCCUUCUCUCAAUCAUACGAAUAUCUUGUUGGGGUUUCAGCUGCUGUUGCUGCUCACUCAUUGCUACAACUACUGAUUGGAACAUCAAGAUUUGUUAGGAAUUCCUCUAUCAUUCCCUCAAGAAACUAUGCAUGGCUUAUUUUUGCUGGGGACCAGGCAUUUGCUUAUGCAUUGAUGAGUGCUGGAUCUGCUGCAUCUGGGGUGACCAACCUGAACCGAACCGGAAUCCGGCACACGGCGCUGCCGAAUUUCUGCAAGCCAUUGCACAAGUUCUGUGACCAUGUUGCCAUCUCCAUAGCCUUCACUUUCACCAGCUGUUUCUUGCUGGCUAUUUCUGCUGUCCAAGAUGUAAUUUGGCUCACCCAACACUCUUCAUGAGUUUUACUUCAAUAUAUAACUAAUUAUAUAUAUAUAUUUAUAUAACAAAAUCAUAUGAAAAUAUAUAUUGGCCUUAUGUGAAUGUAUUAUAUGGGAGUAUUAUGUUUGUUAUGAUCAAUCUUC